GUCUCAAAGUUCAGACAAUACAAAUAUCUUAUGAAAUUAAAUGGUUUUCUCAGGGGCCACUUCCCCACUUAAUGUACAAGGAGCCGUUAUUCUAAAGCGCGUGUUUUAUUGUCUUUCCGGUUUAAGGUUUAUCGAGCCCCCGUUACGGUUACAUCUCCCGACGCCCAACAUAACGUUACUCAUAAAACUAGGAGGUCUGGGUCUACAACUACGCUACUCUUAUGUGCCUUUGUGUACGCCGCCUAUACCGGUUAUCUGUUUUAACGCUUUCAAGAAAAUCUACCGCAGAGCGCACAUGCAGUCUGCAGCGUGGCAAGAGGGAGGCGCUCCGCUUUGUCCGAGAGGAAAGGCAGACACACACACGCACGCACACACUUGCGUACACGCACGCACACACACAGAUGGAGUGCCCGAGGGAGGGGGUGAUCAGCCGCUGUGCUGGUGAUGAGAGAGAGACUCGGAAGGGUAGAUGACCGUUUCUAGAUAGUUUCUAAAACAACGUUUCUCGAAGCGCUUCGGGCUACUCUGUCACGAAGACACACAGUUAUUUGCAUGCUGGAUGAUUGCAUGCGGCGAUAUUAUAUGUUCUUAGUGGGGAGUGUUGCGGUGUGUGUGUGUGUGUUAGGCUAUGCACAACAUACAAUAUAGGCCUACUGGGAUUGAUGUAUAUAUUGCCAUAAAAAUAUGGCAAUAGUCAAACCUUUCUUUAUUUAUUGGCUACUGUGCCAUCGUGCUUGUGUGUUUAGAACAAAAGGUUUUAAGGAUAACCCACAGAAACACCAUAAUGACUACUGAACCAGCAUCAGUUUCAUCACCUCAGGAUAUUUAUCAUUCAGUUAAAAAACAGACAGCAUUGCAUAGGAGGUGGACUUUUUCUAUUUGCUAAAGCCAACAAUCCCUCAUUGUUAAAAUAGUAAAAUACAAUUUAUAUUACGUUGUCCAAUAACAUGAGCCCACAUUCCGCGUCAGAGUCGGCGCCAGCGCGUAUGCGGACAUCCACGUGGCUAUGGUGACAUUUACGUUUAUUUUGAUUAUUUAUUUAUAUUUCUACGGAGCCUCAGAGGUGACAUAGAGGAUUUCCCAUAGGAUUUUUUUUAAAUAUAAUUUGUGGCCACGGAAGGCGUUUUUCCGAGGCCAUGUAAUAAGUAUUUCAAGGCCACAAAUUAGUAUUUCGUUAAUAUUGGUUUUGGCUAUAAUUUAUAAUAGAAAAUACAAAAUAAUAUUCUUGUCACCUCCGGGGCUCCGUACGUUCGGUAAUCAGCCACGAGACUGCAAUUAGUGCACCUGCUGAAUACAAAACCCUUUAUUUUCAGUCGGUUGUGAUUUAUCCUACGAACGGAGCAAAUGCAGGUGCGGGUCCGUUUAGGUAGGGCUUGAAGAACGAUCCCAGCAGGGCCGGUUCCAAUCCUUUUGGUGCCCUAGAACAAGGAGAAGGAGAGAAUGAAGGAGCGAGAGAAGGAGGCCAGGGAGCGGGAGGCGCGCUACAGCAACGGCCACCUCUUCACCUCCCUGACCGUGUCCGCCACCACGCUCUGCUCCGCCUGCAACCGGAGCAUCACCGCCAAGGAAGCUCUGAGCUGUCCAACGUGUAACGUCACCAUUCAUAAUCGCUGUCGAGACACACUGGCUACCUGCGUCAAGAUGAAGCAAAAGCUGCAGAAGUUGGCCUUAGUGAGGAACAGCUCAGCUCUGCAGAAUGUAACACUGAGGAACAAGACUCCGUUAAUGAAGGAGCGCCCGAGCUCUGCCAUCUACCCGUCAGACAGCCUGCGUGCAUCGCUGCUGGGCUCGAGGAGAGUGAGGUCUGGGCUCUCAUUGGCUAAGAGCGUUUCCACCAAUAACAUCGCAGGUUGUGAGGACUCCCCUGUCGGUCUGAGGAGGAUUCUGUCUCAGUCCAGCGACUCCCUGAACUUCAGAAACCGAGCCAUGUCCCUGGAGUCACUGACAGACGAGGGGGAGAUGUACUACUCCUCCCUACUGGAGGAGCUGCAGGAGGAGGGUCGCUGUGUGUCCACAGACAGCUGGAGCGUGGCCGUGGACCACAGCUUCCUUCAGAGUCAACGGAAAGACGUCAUCAAACGCCAAGACGUCAUCUACGAGCUCAUUCAGACAGAGUUCCAUCACGUGCGGACGCUGCGCAUCAUGGAGGGGGUGUACCGACGGGGCAUGCUGGAGGAGGUGCUGCUGGAGCCGGGCGUGGUUCACGCCGUCUUCCCCUGUCUGGAACAGCUGCUGGGCCUCCACCAGGCCUUCCUGGCCCUGAUGAUGACCAGGAGGGCCCAAUCACUGGCCCCUGGCAGCCCCACCAACUUCAACAUCCAGCAGCUGGGAGAUCUCCUGCUGAAUCAGUUUUCAGGUCAGAGUGCUGAAGACAUCCGGAAGGUUUAUUCUGAGUUCUGCAGUCGUCAUCCCAAAGCCGUGAAGCUUUACAAGGAGCUGCUAGCCAGAGACAAGAGGUUCCAGCACUUUGUUCGGAAAGUGACACGAGGUCCUCUGCUGCGUCGUCAUGGGAUCCAGGAAUGCAUUCUCCUCGUAACUCAAAGGAUCACCAAGUACCCCGUCCUGAUACAGAGGAUCUUGGACAACACCAAGGGGAACGAGGAAGAGGUGCAGUCUCUGAGCACCGCGCUGGGGCUGCUGAAGGACCUGAUCAAGUCUGUGGACCAGGAGGUUCUGGAGCUGGAGCGCACCCAGCGCCUGCAGGAGAUCCAGGCCAGGCUGGACCCCCGGGCCCAGACGGAGGUCAGCGGAGGAGGCGUGUUCAGGGGAGGGGAACUGCUCCGCCGGAGGCUGGUGCACGACGGGAACCUCCUCUGGAAGAUCCAGGGCUCCCGCAUGAAAGAUGUGCAGGUUCUGCUGAUGUCUGAUAUCCUCGUCUUCCUCCAGGACAAAGACCAGAAGUUUACCUUCCCCUCGCUGGACAAGCCAUCUGUGGUUUCCCUGAACAAGCUGAUCGUCAGGGACAUAGCCAAUCAGGAGCGGGGGAUGUUUGUGAUCAGUGACUCCACCCCCCCAGAGAUGUACGAGCUCUACGCCGCAUCGAAGGAGGAUCGCAAACACUGGAUGACCCUCAUACAGCAGACGGUCCUCAGGUGUCCAUCCCGAGAGGAGUUCGCCCUGAUUGAGACGGAGGAUAAGGCCUUACUGCGACGACUGAGAGCGGACAUCCAGCAGAAGGACAGGGAGGUGCUGGAGCUCCUGCAGGAGAGGGUCACCCUGUUCUCGGACCUGGCUGAGCUCACCAAAUCGGGGGAGAAGAGCCCCAAUUCCUCCAACACCCGGAACCUGUUCCGCCUGGACACGCCCCAUGCACCCCACGCUGAGAAACGCCUCACCGACGCCAUCUCUGAAGUUGACCGACUGACUGAGUUAUUGGUGGGAUCACAGUCGUUAACGUGCAGCAUCGCCAACGGCAACCAGGACCACCCGUGCUCCCCAAACCGAGAGCCCGCCUUAAAUGGAUCGUAUGAGUUCAGCAGUCACAUGUCUGAGGACACCAACGGAAACCGGUUUCAAGAUGGAGGGAUGAACGAGGAAGUAUGUCAGCGCCUGGUCAGCCUCAGUACGACGCUCCAUGCACUCCAGGCGGCGGUGAUCUGCCAGGACUCGGUGCUGGAGCUCUGCGUCCCCGGGGGUCCGACCGGCGGCCUGUCCGCCGGGACCGCCGUGCCCCGCCUCUCCCGCUCGGUGUCCAAAGACACGGGGCUGGACGCCGGCGAGGCCGCCAUGAUGCGCCGGCAGCUGGCGCUGCUGCAGGAGGAGGUGGCCCGGCUGAAGCCCCUAGAGGGCCAGCUGGGGGAGAGCGAGAAGGCCCGGGCCCUGGCCGAGAAGCAGCUCAAAGAGAUGGCGCCCAAGGGCCACCGCAGGAACCGGGGCAAGGGCCACGGCAACAAGGGAGAGAAGGCUUCACGGAGGAAGAGCUGCAGUGACAUUGAUAUCCCCACCGUCGCCCCAUUGGCCAGUCAGGAAGCUGUGGACCAAUUAGACGGUCCGAUCCAGGAAGUCAGCGAGGAGGACGAGGAGCCAGAUGUGGUCCGGAUCUCCCCCCGUUCUGACAGCCCCAGAGAUCUCCAAGACAUUCCUGAAGAGAGCGAGUGCGGUCAUGAAACCAUGUCCACUUGAAGGCAGAUCCAGAUGUUUCGUAUUACAUUUAUAUCACACACACACACAAACACGAACACACACACACACUAAGUCAACAACUAUCAGUUGACAAAGUUGCUGCUUCAGGAAGCAGAAUGUUGUAAUAAUGUAUUAAGCUAGGGGUUUGAUCUGUUAGCCACCAUCAACACAGGUAUUACGUGUCGGUAUGGUAGGGUGACAGACAUCCCCGUUUUCAAUGGACCGUCUCCGUAUCUGGAGGCUUUUAAACAGGGUUAUGACCCCUUAAAAAAUAAAAAGAUUCUAUAAAUAUAUAUAUACUCAUUUUUGGACAGUUGGUAACUAGUGCCGUGUCCCUCUCAUAGGCUGUGAAACCAGCUCACUACACAGGGGUGUAUCUAUCAACUUCAUACCAUAAGUAGUAGGGCUUUGACUCCGAACUUCGUUAUUCGAAUAUAAUUCGAAUAUCAAAGAAUAAAUCAAAAUUCGAAGGAAUAUUAGGCAGCCCUUAAUAUUGGAACCUGUUAUGGCCAGGCCAAGAGGGAGGGACGUCGGAGAACCCCGACGCAGUCAAUUCAUAAUAUUGUAAUGACCACGGAAGAGGCAGUGAAUGAAGUAUUGAUUAGACAGCGAUUUAUUAGAAACCUAAUAAACCGUUAGAACACGCAAGACCGGUAACCAUAGUAACGCGGUAAACAAACCUUGCGACGCCCAAUCCAGGCAUUUAAUGGUCAAAAUAUUAUUAAUAAAUAUUUGAAUAUUAAUAUUAAUAAACAAACAAACUUCGAAUAUGAUUUUUGGGCAAAAGUCAAAGCCCUAAUAAGUAGUAAUGACCGAUCAUGAAUAAUAGGCUAUCAAUGCACCAUUCCUUAUUUGAGUGGCCUCGAUGGCUUCUUUCGGGGUGUUUUACCAAAGCUUAAAAACACAUCAUAGUAAACCAUUUGGCCUUCACUGCACAAUACUCUGCUAGGACUACAUUUUCGAUUGAUAAGAAUAGGCUAAAUGUAUUAGCAUUCAUUUCAGAAAUCUGGUCACCUUAUGGUAUAGCAGUUUGGAGGCAAUUCUUUAUCUGUAUAUUACUUUUAAGAACACGCUUUGCCUCUGAGGAUAGUUCAAUAACAAGAACUCAUCCCUGUCAAGUUAAAACAUUUAGCCAUCAACAACCCCUUGAAGAGGGCUGGGGUCAACAUGCUUUAUCCAUAACUGCCUGUACAUCUUUAGAAAGAGGAUGAUGCUAAUCUUUAUGAAGAAGGGCUAUAUACAUUGGCUGUUGGAACUGAAGCCUGCUGACUAGAAGGGUGAAGGGGCACUUGCCCUUCCCAAUGAAGAUAUGUGUAUGUUUUAUGAUCAAUCCUAUUUAAUGUAGCUUUAUACUGAAGGUUACCGUAAUAGUUAGAUAAUGAUGACCACAGUGCUGGAUCUUAUGAUUGUUUAAUCUCUAAUGCUGUCUUUUACAAGCUGAAGGAAUUGUAUGUAUACAUUUUGAUCAUUUAUCAAAAGAAACUGUAAAUGUUUUACUGUAAUAUUGCUGAUAAUUAUUGCAAGUCGAUCUACAUUAUCUGUGUGCUCUUUAUAAAUCUAAUGUAUUGAUACGCGUCUGGAAUGGUCACCGUGUAUGUUUUCAGCAACAGCUCGUCUUAAUGUACUAAUGGGGUUUCAUAUCUUUAACUCUAUCUGCAUUACCUUCCCUUAGGGCUGCCUUUAAAUACGCCAUGCAUAUUGUAGCUAUACUCGUACCACUACUUCAUUCUAGAAAAAGCGAUAUAUAUAUUUUUCGAUAUAGAUUGGAUAUCCCAUGGGUUACAUACUAGGCUCCCCUGCAUAUCAGCCAUGAUGGGGCGCGGACAUUACAAUUAGGGCAUUUAGCUGACGCCUUUAUCCAAAGCGACUUACAUCGGUUAAUACACACAUUGACACACCGACGGCAGAGUCAACCAUGCAAGGCGACAGCCAGCUCGUCAGGAGCAGUUAGGGUUAAGUGUCUUGCUCAGGGACGCAUCAACACUCAGACAGGAGAAGCUGGGGAUCGAACUAGCAACCCUGCGGUUACAAGGCAACUGCUCUACCUCUUGAGCUAAGCCGCACAUUAAGUGUUCUCUAUAAUAACGUCUUUAUGUUGAAGCUUGAUCACUCGGGCUUCAAGCAGGCACCGUAGUCUGGCAGCGCGAGGAAAGGUGCAGUGUGUGUGUGUAGUGAUCGUUAGCUGAUUCGGUGUCACAAAAGGAACCAUUGAUGAUGAUCUGGCCCAAUAUAUCUUGUGAAAAGGAGGUAAUUUUUCACUCCUGUGUAUCACGGAUAUAAUAGCCUCUGACUACGUUUUUGGAGUUGAUUCCUCUUGGUGUAUAUGUUAAAAAGUUAAAGUGCUGAAUAUUUUGAUAGUUUCUGUAGCUGAACGUAUGCAGCAGUAAGUAGUAGACCAAAAAAGAGGCGCUAGAAAAAGUACGUAUAAGAAAAAUAAAAAUAUCAAUAUCCAGCUGAUUCAGCAUUCACGCUAAUAAGGCCUAUGAAGAACCAUAGUUGGGUGCUACAUGCAGCACUCGCCUAAUUACUGAAGAAGAGAAUAUUUUAGAAAGUUAUUUAUUGACAGCCCCAAACUCAUUACAAAAAUUAUCCAUAUGGACAAAGUUAUCCAUAUGGAUCACUGACCUCACAUAUGUAGCUUAUUACUAAAAUCAUUCAAUCCAUUAGAAAAAGAGCCAUGGUAUGUGAUGAACAAAUAUCUCGGCCUUGGACAUUAAUGAUUGUUGUAGAAAAGCCGUCUAGGAGUUCUUCUGUGGUACCUUAAUGGUCACCUGGUGGGAAAGAACAACAUUGACAUUAUGUGUGGGAGUAUAGAAGAGCCAAAAUAAAAUGAAGGUAUUUUCUUUAAAGAAAAAGUGCAGUUUUGAAAUUGUUCCAUUUACCGUUUUGACCUCUGUGUAAUUGUCCAAACCAUAUUCUCCCAGCUCUCUGCCAUUCCCAGAAGCUUUGAAACCUCCAAAUGGAGCUUGGGCUCCAAAGACAUCAUAGCAGUUAAUCCUGCCAAUUUAUAAACACAUGCAAACACUUGAGAUUAAUGAGUAAGUGAAAGUCUGUUAUUAUUUGCAGAGACAUUUCCUGUAGAACAUUGAACAUGGUUACAUAGACUGAUCCACUGUACCUAAAAACAACAUUUUCAAGGUCAACAAUCCAUUGCCAUUAUUCAAUUUGUGCAAAGGGAGUCCAAUAAGCAGGCCCGACCAUUGUGUUAAGGGUGAAGGGCAGAAGAAUACAGACCAUCAAAACAAUCUAACCCUAACCCAUCAAACCAGAUUUGAGCUUGUCUGCCAUCAGACUUAUAGAUACAAGUCUAGGAUAUUAAUUUAAAAAGUCUGUUUAUAGGGCAAGGGUUACUCUCCCAAGUCUAACCUGUUAGCUUGGUGCCAGCAAUAUUUCAUGCGAUGCAUCUACAUCCCCCAUCACAAAAUAGACCAGCCUUUUGUCAAGCAUUUGACUUCAAUCCCGUGAAGUCAGACAGACAACCCCCAUCAGAUGAUGUCAGACAGACAAGACCUUCAUAAAAGCAAGCCACGUGACCAACGGUUGAAGCUGAUGAAUAGAGUUUAUCAGUAACCAGUUGGAUGAACUCCAAAACACUCGCAAUAAAAUGCCACCGUUUGGUUUAUUUAAUGUUAAUCAUUCAACCAUCCUGCUUACCUUUAGUCUGAUAUUGAGUCAUCUGGUCAUUAGCCCAGUGUGAGAUUAAUAACCGGAGCAGCCCCACCCUAGAUUUCAAUCAUAUACCCUGAAUACGACGGCUUUGUCUGAAUCCCUCCAGCCGCCUCAGUGCACAAUGCUGCACACGCCCUGGUCAAAUAAAGACUUGCUUUGAUACUGUGGCCUUUGACGUUAGAAAAUAAUGUGCUACCAGACGGUGCCGGCGCGGAGACCGCUGGAGAGGUAGUGGGCCUUGUCGAUGUCCUUGGUGAAGACAGCCGCUGCCAGGCCAUACUUGGUGUCGUUUGCUCGCUCCAAUACCUCUUCCAAGGUUUUGAACU